AUGGUAGAUGAGAAUUUGGAAAUGCAGGAUGAGGUGGAACAUAAUCUCGUGAUUGUUGGAGCAGCACGUCAAUACCCAGGAUUUCGCUCCGAAUCCGGUCUUCGCAUGAUAGAUUUCUCGGAUACACCUAUUGUUCUUCCUCUAGAUGUAGAGACGUAUCAUGACACGUUUGAGGCAAAAUAUGUGACGAAGUAUCUAGAAGGAUAUGUCGAUGUACAUGUUUGUAAUGAGAAGAGUUUGAGGGAUCGAGUGAUCUUUGGGUUCAAAGUAGGAGGCAUUGAGAAGAUUGAUGGGAUUUGGUCGGUUUGGAGCGAAGCCCACGAGAACGGAAAUGGGAAUGAGCAUAACAGAAUGAUCAAAACCAGAAAGCUAGCUAUAGCCACUGGUCAGAAUUCUCUUCCUUACUUCCCGUCAUUGCCUAAUCAAGCGAACUUUAAAUCACCCAUCGUCCACCAAGAACACUUUGGACAAAUAUCCACAUCAGCCCUCGCACCAGAUUCCCCCUACACGGCAAUAAUCAUUCUCGGGGGAGGUAAAUCUGCCGCAGAUAUGGUAUACGAAUGUGUCAAAGCCGGCAAAAAAGUGUCCUGGCUCAUCCGCCAAUCGGGCGAAGGACCCGGCAUAUUCGCUGGUGCCAAAGGACGAGGCCGGUACCGCAACGAUGCGGAAAUGUCUGCCACGUGA